UUUUUUUUUCAGGGCAUUAAAAUGUUUUGCUUCCUGUACUAAGUUGUAAACUAAUAUUUCUUUUGUGCAAUGGGUGUCUGUCAGCUGCUUAUUGUUGUGUGUUUGUUUACUGUUUGUACUCUCGUCCCUCGUGUGUGUUGCGGAAAUGUGAGCUCGGGGGGAACUCGCAGCACGUUAAAUAAUUCUGCCGCUGAUUUCGACUCGUUCAGAAAAAAGUUUCACCGCUCCAACCAAGUCAGUAGUGAGACGUUUAACAGCCGUAUUUCCUAUAUUCAGGAUGCUGCAUUGCGGCAUGUAUACCUGAACUCAUUUUCCACAGAACCACAGUCUGCCAAGUAUGGCAUGAACCAGUUCUCUGACCUUUCACAGAAGGAAUUCAGCGAUUUGUACCUGCGAGCAACCAGCGACGGAGCUCCUGUCUUCUCUGGACUGAGCAGACGAGGGCUGCCUGCCAAAUUUGACUGGAGGGAAAAAGCAGUGGUGGCGCCGGUCCAGGACCAACUAGCAUGUGGGAGUUGUUGGGCAUUUAGUGUGGUUGGUGCCAUACAAUCUGCUUCUGCAAUCAGGGGCUCGCAGCUGGAGCAGCUCAGUGUGCAGCAGGUUGUGGACUGUUCCUUUAGGGAUGCGGGGUGCAAUGGAGGCUCAAUAUCUCAGGCUCUGACUUGGUUAAAACAGACGAAGGUGAAGCUGGUGACUCAGUCAGAGUAUCCAUACAAAGCCAAGACAGGCAUCUGCCAUUUCUUUUCCCAGUCUCAUGAUGGUGUCGUUAUGAAGAACUUCACUGUGCAUGACUUCAGUGGUCAAGAGGAGGCAAUGAUGGGUCAGCUAGUGGAGCGUGGUCCUUUGGCUGCUAUUGUGGAUGCUGUCAGCUGGCAAGAUUACCUGGGAGGCAUCAUCCAGCACCACUGUUCCAGCCAGUGGUCUAACCAUGCUGUUCUGAUCGUUGGAUAUGACACGACUGGUCAAAUUCCCUUCUGGAUUGUGCAGAACUCCUGGGGAACUACUUGGGGAAACAAAGGUUACGUUUACAUAAAAAUUGGCGGGAACAUUUGCGGUAUUGCAGAUUCUGUGGCAGCUGUUUUUCUUUGACAAUAGUUUGUAAAUGAUUAUGAGUCAUAUGUGUUUGUGGGAGUCAAAGUUCAUGCCCAACGAAAUUAAGACGUCUCUAUUUUUUUAAGUGUAAUUUGUGGUAUUGUUUUUACUUAAUAAAAGACAGAAACAUAUCCUUCUGUUGCCAUUAAAACAAAAAAAGAAAAUCCCCUUAUA